GGGCUUUGGCUUUGGCUGUAGCUCCAGCACUUUCGCCGCUGCUCUCCGCUUUCAUAGGGUUUAUCUCUUUCCUCCUCCCCUCUCGCUCACGGCAGCCGGAUUCCGUACCGCAGGCGAGCCACCGCGCCGGCCCGGAGCUCUGAGAUAAGGUAGCCGCCGCUUGGUAGCACUCGAUUCUCGCUUGCUGGGCGCUGGAUUUAGAUAGUUGUUUAGCAAGCAGUAGAUAAUGUCGUCGGUGCAGCUCUCUGGUGCCGGUGUUGCGGCUAUGGCCUUCAACAACAACGGCCUGCGCCUCUCUCAGACGUCCGCAGUCAGGGUGUGCUCGUCCAGGCGCUCGUCCCGUAGCCUAGUUGUCAAAGCUGCCACUGUCGUCACCCCCAAGUAUACAUCACUCAAGCCUCUGGGAGACAGAGUGCUUGUGAAGCUUAGCGCGGCUGAGGAGAAGACCAUUGGCGGAAUCUUGCUUCCAUCGUCCGCGCAGUCUAAGCCUCAGGGAGGCGAGAUCGUUGCUGUUGGAGGGGGUAGAACCAUUGGGGAUAAGAAGGUGGAGGUCAGCAUACCGACUGGAUCUCAAGUUGUAUAUUCAAAGUAUGCUGGUACUGAGGUUGAAUACAACAACUCCAAGCAUCUUAUUAUGAAAGAGGAUGACAUCAUAGGUAUUCUUGAAUCUGAUGAUGUCAAAGACAUGAAGCCUCUCAAUGACCGGGUUCUGAUCAAGGUUGCAGAGGCUUCAGACAAGACUGAAGCUGGUCUUAUCCUCACCGAGACAACCAAGGAGAAGCCAUCCAUUGGAACAGUUGUAGCUGUUGGUCCGGGCUCACUCGACGAGGAAGGCAACAGGCAGCCGCUGUCGGUGUCACCAGGCAGCACUGUGCUGUACUCCAAGUACGCAGGCGGCGAGUUCAAGGGCACUGAUGGCACCAACUACAUUGUGUUGAGAGUGUCAGAUGUGAUGGCUGAGCUCUCUUAAGCGUGGAGUUUGUUACUUUGUUUCAGUUUUGAGUUCACAACGGAGGCGAGCAUCAGGGGUGAGAUUGCUGUGGUAAUCACUUGAUGCUAUUUCAGAUGGUUAUAGAAUUGCACGAGCAAACCACUUAUCCGGGUUAAAAACAUUUACGAAUUUGUUUACAAAGCAAGUUUGAUGCCUUUUUCCCCUACUUCUACAUUAUGUAUGUACAUUAGUGCUUAAGCUGAUUGCCUAUUGUUGUGGCGUUA